CAAUGAAAUUCACUUCAUUCACCACUAUGAUCAUAUCUGCCGCAGCAAUGGCUGGCGCAGCUAUCGCAUCCGGGGACCUAGUGAUAAUACCCAUGAACCUCCCCUGCAGUCCCCCUAGUGGGUACUUGGCGACCUACGUGCAGACCUUAGACCGCCUGCUCACGGCCCCUAUCCGCAGAUACAGUGGGGUGCUCAACAGGCAUCAAAGGUUGGAACAACGACGACGAUUUCGCGUAUUUCUGCGGAUCUAACGGCGAAAUUACAUCCUACACCGCGUGUUCGUGUAAAGAUUGCUGUGUCGUGGUUCCCAAUGAGGGCAUCGCCGACUGUCCAUGAGUGAGUCUGUCCUUCCCCACUGCCUUUUAGGUCCGAAUGUUGAUACAUCGUUGAUGUGCUUGCUUAGUGCGCAUGAGAUGUGCAAGAGGGUGUGAAGGAGUGCACGGUCACGUAAUCGCCAUGUCAAUAAAUGGGAUGAAAUUUGAUGUGCGAGGACGCGUCGCAGUGGGAUUUCAUAUUUGCUCCAGAUCAACUGAUCAUUGAAAGCACCGUCAAAUUUGCAG